CGAGUUGACUUGAAUAUAUGUGCAGAAAUGAAGUCAUUGGCGAUACUUUUGGUUCUUGUUUCCUUAGUUGGAUUGGCCAUGUCAUGGAAAUGGCCAUGGGAGCCAUCUACAAAAAAACCACCGGUUAAGUUUCCAAUUCCAUCGCCGAAUCCUCGCGAUAACUGGUGCAGGCUACAUCUGGCACCUCCUUGGGGCGGUAGGUGCUAAAAUAAUUUUCAUAAUUUUUUGAAGGUAAUGGAGAUGCAGGUUGAAGUAAA